AUGUUUGCAGUGACAACUCUUUCACCUUGGGAAGAUUGCAUUGUUCGAAACAAUCCUAACCUCGACGGGGACUCAUUUCGGCAUAUUUGUUACCGACGAGGCGCCUCUAUUGCGGCCAAGUGCUUCUUGAAAAUUGAUAGUCGAGCUUUAGCCGCUGCAAAAAUACUGUGGUCAAGUCUUCCAGGCCAAUACGCUACGGGUGACGAUACUGCAGACUCCCUCAACUCAAAAGCUGCGAAGGAGUAUUCUCGAGCGUUUGUCUCAGCUAAAGUACCCUCUGAAAUCAUGUUAAGAUCUGAUAUUUGGAUGGACAUUGAAGAAAAAUUGCGGAAAGAAUUGAUUUCGAGGAUCAAACUGUGUACGCAAUAUACUAGCUGCCGGUAUACUCUGGAAGCCAUACACUCCGAUGGGGGCAGUGAGUAUAUACAAGCGCGCCUUGAUCCUCAAAUAAAAAUCCAACUAGAGAAAGAUUUUUUAGAGGAUACUUUGAAGGCAAUGCAGGAGUUUUCUGGUCUUCUGUCAAAGCAUUCCUUUACCGCGGGCGACUGGGAGUCUACUGCGCUCGAUAUUAAAAGAGCUGCGCAUAAGUCGCUAAACAUCAUGAGAAGACUCCUCAAGGGAAUGGCGCCGCAAUGCGCGGAAACUUUUGGAGAUUUAUUGAGGCGUGGUCAUCGGGUCGAUAUGGAGGAUAUUGUCAAGGAGUGGAUUCCCAAACUUGUGAAGAUGUAUGAAGAAGACCAGGAACACAACGCUGGGGAUGUCAUUACUAUUCGGGAUGCCCAAGUUCCCCCAGGGAAUCCCAAUUUAUAA